ACUACCAAACGCUCACAGCAGAGUACACGCAGUAACUUUUGGGCACUGUGCGUUGUAUGUUGGGUCUUUCAGGCCGGAGACUUCAUCCUGUAGAUGUUCCAGUGGUGUCGUACAUCUUGACCAGUGUCAUCAGUAACCUGUCAACCAGGAAGUUGGAGCCAGGUGUGUGGGGACAGUUUGUGUGGCAGUUUGUUCCUCAUAUCUGACCUCACUGUGUUUACAGGUGAGCGAGUUGUCUGAGUGUGUUCACGGCUGCUUUUACAUUCCAGGUGUGUGAGGCCAGAGUUUUAAAGCGGAGGGGAGUGUGAAUAAAUGACUCCUUAAACAUGCUGGAUCCAAGAGGGAAUGAAACCAGAGGAAGUAUGUCAGCGGGGACAGACUUCAUAAAUGAUACAGUCAUUGAUAACCGUCCAGCAGAAUACUUCCAAACUAUACACAAGAAGAACACUGUGAAGGAGCUGCUGAUGAUGAGACGACAGAAAUGCAGCGACAACAUUCUGGAGCAUAAAUUUAAAUCUCCAAAAUCCGAAGUUUUUCCCAGCGACUUGAGUCCUCAUCUGUUCGACCCUCCGACACCAGUACACUUCAGUAACAUGGACCAGUCUCCUCCUGAAAAUGGCCACAUUACCCAACAACAAAUGCAACAUCCAAUGUAUCCGACUGCUGAGGUCAAACUUACUUUAUUUCACUGGCAAAUACAGAGAGAGACACAGAGAAUGGAAGGAGUCUCUCAGGAGAAGCUGAACAUGCAAGACGGAGAUGGCGACACAAUUCUUCACAUCGCAGUUGCAAAAGGAAGACGAGCUCUGGCGUAUGUGCUUGCUACACAAAUGUCUAGGUGUGGCUCCCUGGACGUGAAAGAACACAAUGGGCAGACAGCUCUUCAGAUAGCUGCUGCCACCAAUCAGCACUUGAUUGUCCACGACCUGCUGGAACAUGGGGCACAAAUCAACACCCGAGACCUCUGGGGACGCUCUCCUUUGCACGUGUGCGCCGAGAAAGGCCACCUGCUCAGUCUGCAGAGCAUCUGGAAGACCCUGAUGAGGACCGGGCAACCGAUUGAUAUUGAAAUGUUCAAUUACGAAGGUUUAACUGCGCUGCAUGCAGCAGUCAUGUCUCACAACGCUGUCGUUAAAGAGCUGAGGACUCUGGAGAAUCCUUGUUCAUAUAUGACAAUGGAGCUGGGGCAGAGGAGACAGAUGCAUUUCGAAUGUAUUAAGAUCCUGCUGCACAUGGGCGCCUGCUUCGGGACAAAGGAUCUAAAAAGUGGACAUACGUGUCUUCACAUGGCUUCUGAGGAGGCAAACGUGGAGCUGUUGAACCUUUUCCUCGACCAGUCGUCUUCACUGUCGUUCAUAAAUGUUAAGACGUUCAGUGGAAACACAGCGCUGCACAUCGUCAGCUCUUUGCAGAAUCAUAAAACUCAAGUGGAAGCGGUGAAGCUGCUGAUGAGGAAUGGGGCGGACCCUGGAACCAGGAACUUUGAAAAUGAACUGCCCUGUCACCUGGUGCCUGGUGGACCUGUUGGUGAUAAGGUGCGGCGCGUCCUGAAAGGGAAAUAUGUUCACGCUUAAGUGAAGCACGAGAACACUGUCAGUCAGACAGUCCAGUCUAUAUAAAUAUCAUUUGCCAAAACAAGGCAGAUUCUGGUUGUUUCAGUGAAACAUGCCACAUUGUUCAUUACCAUGUAAUGUUCAAAGAGGAAGUGAAGUUUGGAGUUGUAUUUUUUCUGUUUUAUCUCUCGAGAAUGAUUUCCUGUCUCGAUGCAUAAAUGUUAAUCAUCUAAUUUCAAUAUUAGGAUUGCCUGAUGCAACCAAACAUACAAUAUUUAUGUUUGAGCUGUGUGUGAAAAUGGCUUAACCAUCCAAGAAAAUCUGACCGCUGCUUUGAAAACUAGAGAAUCCAUCAAAAUGCAGAUGGUGUCAUUAUACGAUUAGUUAAUGUAAGUUAAAGUUAAAAAAAAUAAAUAAUCUAUUUCCAAAAUAAAUUGAUUAAUCAUAAAACUGUUUUUUUUUCUAUUUUUAUUUUCUAUUUUAUAUCAUUGUAGGUUUACUUUGUUAAAAUAUUACAUGCAAAACUGUAGUCUGUGUAGAAAACGUUAUCUUUCUGUGUCAUUACUGAUGUUUCAUGAGGGUUUCUUUUAUUUUGUUUGUUUAAAUUGUUUUUAAUAUUCAACAUUUUUUUCAGAUUUCCGUAAUUUUAGUGUGUUGUAAUGUUAAGUUUAGUUAAGGAAGAU